AUGCGUGCAGUGUUCGCGGCCCUGGACGCGGACGGUGACGGGGUGAUCUCCGCGGACGACCUCCGCGCGUACUCCGCGCAGCGCGGGCUCCCCGCGGGGUACGCGCUGGAGUUCGUGAGCCGCGCGCAGCAUGGGCGGAGGGGCGCGGAGGAUCCUUUGUACGGGGAGUGGCGGACGGAUCCGCAGGAUUUGCGCAACAGCCUGUCCGGUGGAGGAUGGAACGGCGCGGGGUGCGCCGCCGGGGGGCUUCAGGCGGGCGGAGUGGCGGGAUCUGGCAUCGGCAGAAUGCCGAUCCUGGGAAUGGGGGAAGGAGUGGCGCCAUGCGGACAGGCAGGGUCAGGCGGAACGGGCGGAGCGAGCGGAUUGAGCGGAGGCAAAGUGGCGCUGUGCCGCGCAUCAGCGGGGUUUGCGGCGUCGUCCUCCCAGGCGCUACCCCCGGUGGACCUCCCGGCGCUGCUCUCCUCUGCCGCGCAGCACCUUCAGCGCGGGCUGGGCUCGGCGCGCUUGCACCUCAGCAGCUCCAGCAGCGGUGCAAGCAGCGGAACCAGCAGAAGUGGCGGAAGUGGCGGAACCGGCGGCGGCGGCGGUGGCGGCGGCGGCGGCGGCGGCGGAGGGGAGUUUGGGGUGUCGUAUGCGGCGUUUGAGGAGUUCGUGGAUGCGAGGGACAGGGUUCUGUGGGACUCGUUUAGAUGCAUGGACAGUAACGGGGAUGGCCGAGUGUCACAAGCAGACCUGGAGCGCAGCAUGAGGACUCUCGCGUCUCAUUGCAACCACGAUUGUGCCACCAGCACCAUCACCAACCCCAUCACCAACCCCAUCAUGACCACUGCUGGUAACACGACCAACGUCACCGGCAUCACUGCCAACCGAACCGCUUGCAGCAGUACUCAAACCAGCGGCGGCAGCAGCAGCAACAUCAGCAGAAGCAGCGUUGUGGGGCUGGGUCAGCCGUGCAGUGUGGAAUCUGUAGGGCGGAGCUGCAGCGGGAAGAUGGUGCGAGCAGUGCAGCAGCAGCAGCCAGUUUUGCAGCAACAGCAGCAGCCAGUUUUGCAGCAACAGCAGCAGCAGGGAGUUCUGCAGCGGAUUAGGCAGCAGGCGUGCAGUGGCGCUGCUGCUGGGGAUCCCUUGUCUCAGUCCGUAUCGUUUGAGGAGUUCCGGGACUACUUCACUCUCCUCCCCGCGUCCGACCAUCUAUUUGACUACUGGAUCUCUGCCUCCUGCCCGCUCGCCUGCCACGCUUCCUCUGCACCACAACCAUUCGACGCACGAGAAGCACUCGAGGGUGCUUCAGCAGCUGUAGGUACAGCUGCCACAGCCGCCACAGCUGCCACAGCUGGGAAUGUGUUGAAAAGGAAGGUUCCACGAAGAGGGUACUUGAGAAGAACCAGCAGCGGCAAUAGCAGCAGCAGCAAGGGUGCCAGCACAGGAGGCAGCAGCAGUGGCGGCGGCGGCAGUAGGAGAAGCAAAGGGGCGGGCGGCGUGUGGCGGCAUCUAGUGGCGGGCGGCAUGGCAGGAGCGACGUCCCGCACGGUGACAGCCCCUCUGGAGACUCUCCGCCUGCGCAUGAUGGUCUCAUCCGAACAUGGGCUGCUGCGAACAUGCUCUCAAGUGUGGAGUGAAGCGGGCUGGAGAGCCUUUUUCCGAGGCAACAUGGUGAAUGUGGUGCGCUCAGCCCCUCAGAAGGCCAUCGACUUCUUCGCGUUCGAGGCCUUCAAGCAAGCCAUCGCAACCGUCUUCCCCACGGGCCCUGCAGGACUUCAGGUGGUGACAGCAGGUGCUUUGGCAGGUGCCACGUCCACCCUGGCGCUCUACCCUCUGGACGUUGUCAGGAGCCGCCUUACUGUUGCCGCCCGUUCCCAGUACACAGGCAUCGCCCACGCCCUCACCACAAUAGCCAAGACAGAAGGCGUGCCGGCACUUUACAGAGGCCUCGGCGCCUCCCUGCUCUCCAUCCUACCAGAGGCCGCCAUCACAUACGGCUGCUUUGACCUCCUCAAGACCGCCCUGCAGCGCUCCACUGGGCGCACCGUGGGAGUGCUGCCCGCCCUGGCCUGCGGUGUUGCCUCUGCGUUCACCGGCCAGCUUGUGGCGUAUCCUCUUGAGCUCGUUGCCCGGCGCCUGCAGGUCUCUGCUGGUGCCGCUGCUGCUGCUGCUGGUGCUGCUGGUGCUGCAGGUGCGGUUGCAGCAGGCGCGGCGAAGCAAAAUCUGGUAACCGUUACCAAGGCGAUUCUGGCGGAACGGGGGGUGGCAGGGUUGUACCAGGGGAUUGUGCCGGCCUCCCUGAAGGUUAUCCCCAUGGCGAUUGUGAGCUUUGGGGUGUAUGAGUCGGUUAAGUUUGCUCUGUUGUCCUCCUUAUUUCUUCUGCUUCAUGUGCUGGCGACGAGUUUGGUUUUCGCGAGCGUUGCGAGAUUCGCGAAAGCGAGUAACUUGGGCUCCGGCGAAGUUCGCCGUCCCGAGGAGGUCACUCAGGGCCUCGAGACCAUCUCAACGGACAUGCAACGCGUCGUCGAAAUGCCGGAAGAUUCGCAGAAGGUUCUCCUGGACGGCAUGGGUCAGGCUCUCGUUUCCUCCGGCAUGUGGCCAUGCAACAUCUUCGGCGGCGUUAAAGCGUGCGUCGCGGUGCCUUUUAACGGAGCAUUCAUGCAGCAGUGCGCGAACAUCGCCAAGUCGGAGGUGGACUGCGCUUAUAAUCGCGAGACGCUGAGUGAUAUUAACGAAGAUCCGAAUGUGGUUAUGAAGAAGAAGCUUGAUGAUGCAGGCUUCGAGGCAUGCCCCGCGUGUCUGGAUGCGCUGCAUCGCUUCUGGUGUGGCCAGACCACCCCCACUUGUGGCACAUUCGCUAAAGUCGUUGACGAGAUUCUGCCUGAAAUGCGGCAAGUCAGUGCCGGCAAGUUAAAGCCAGACGAGCUCGUCCAGUCCACCCUCCCCCGGAUGCUCCAAGCCUUUUCGCUCGGGCUGCCCUGCCGCGAAAUGUGUGAGGCGGUUACCGCCACCUGCAGCUGCGGCCGCCCGGCCACGUUCGGGCAGAUGAUGAAAGUUUUGGAGCUGAAGCGCACCCAGCAGCAGGCGGAGGCGGAGGGGGCAGCGGGCAGGCCCCUGGCGGAGAACAAAGAUUUGAUUCCGUUUGGGUUCAGCACGAACAUGUCUUUGUCCACUGCUGUGAAGAUCUUCAAAGGCGUGUGGGACCGGCCCGUCUGCGACUUGUUUGCUCCUCAUGACGCGCCUGGCUUCCAGGGAGUGUGUGAGACGUGGUGGGCGGGCGCGGGCAAGGAGCAGACAACGUGCCGCUGGUGCGAGUCGAAGCAGCGGCCUGAGGACAUGGACGAGCAGAUUGUGGCUCAGAUCGCGCAGUCCGUAUCCAGCAUGAUGCAGGCUGGUCUAGAGCAUGUUCUCUUCGCUGCAGCCUUCCCGGACGAUCAAACCGGGCUACCCAAUCCCGAACCUGUCGAGCUACCUCCUGACACUGUUCCUCCCGAGCUUAUCAACCCUCCCCAACCUGGUGCCAAGCCUGCUGCCGAACCGGCCGCCGAGGCUGCAGUGGAGCCUGGUUCGGAUGGGCCGGGGUAUUUUAGAGAAGCAGCACCGGGCGAUUGGGGGUAUAAGGCGUCAGAAGAAGAGAAGAUGGCUGAGAUGAUGCGAGGGGAGGGUGUGGGAGAGGGAGAGGGGGAGGUUCCAUCUGGGAAAGGUGGUACUGCUGGUGGAAGAUGGGAAGAGGUGAUGAAUGGGAUGAUGGGGGGGAGGGGAGGACGAGGAGGUGAGGGGGGACGAGGGGAGGGGGAGAGGGGAGAAAGGGGAGGGGCAGAGGGUAGAGGUGGUGCGUGGGAGGGGGGUUCCACUAGAGGGGGGUCGAUGAUGCGAGGGGGAAUGGGAGAAGGUGGGGGUAGUGAGAAGGAAAGAGAGAAGGAAGGAGAGGAGGAAGAAGCGGAGGAUCCGCAUUCUGCUGUUGCAAGAGCAGGCACCACUUCCCCCAGUGUUUCUCGAGCCGAGCCUUCCACCGAGCCUGGAGAGCCGGAGCGGCCGCCGGUUUGGGAGAAAAAGGAAUGGCAGGAGAAGGGUGGGGAGCCGAGUGCUGGGUGGCGGACGGAAAAGGAGGAGCCGGUGGAAGAGGGUGGGGGGAAUGCGUGGUAUCGAGGGCAUGGGGAUGAUUUGCCCCUUCCGCCUCGAGAGGAAAAGCAUGGGUCACCUUUUGUGGCGACGAUUUUUAUUUUCUUUGCCGCCGUGGGAGUGGUGGGGGCUGAAGACGUGGGAGCCAAGAGUAGUCAUGGCUGUCAGCAUGGGAGCGCGCGUGCUGUCGCUGGUUCUCCUAAUCCACCUGACCAUAUCUUCAACGGCCCCGCGAUCCCGGUCCAGAACCCGAUCGGUGGCGCUGCUAGCGCGGCUCAGGGCGCAAUUGGCGGCGUCACUGGCGCGGCUCAGGGCGUGAUUGGCUCUGCAACCACCGCUGCACAGACCACGGCCGGCAAUCUCGUGAGGACCGUUGGUGGCGCUCUGAACGGAGUUCAAAACACCAUCGGUGGCGCAGUGAACGGGGUUCAGACCACUGCUGGUGGCGCCGUCAACACACUUCAGGGCAUCGCUGGCGGCGCCCUGGACGGGGUUCAAACCACUGCUAGCGGCGCGCUUAACGCCGUUCAAAGCACUGCUGGGGCCGCGCUGAAUGGAGUGCAGGGCGCAGCUGCAGGAGCGACGGGUGCAGCUCAACGCACCCUCGGAUCUGCCCUCAACACAGCUCAGACCGUUGCUCAGGACCCGAUUGGAGCUGUCCAGAGCACCGCUGGGGGCGCUCUGAACGCAGUUCAGUCCGCAGCUCGAGACCCUGUUGGUACUAUUCGGGGCGCUGCUGGAAACGCGCUCAACGCAGUGCAAACUACGGCAGGGGGCGCCUUGAAUGCAGUUCAGAGCACGGCGGGGGGAGCUAUCGGUGCAGUGCAGAACACUGUUGGGGGCGCGCUGGGGGCGGUGCAGGGGACUGUUGCUGGGCUGGGAAACGCUCUGACUGGCACUGCGCAGCAACUCGCUACUACUGGUCCCGUUAACACUAUAAGAAACGCUGCUGGCACGGCUGUAAGCAAUGUGGGGAGCACUCUGAGUGUGCCUGUUGGGGCUGUGCAGGGUGUGGCUGGUGCAGCUGUGGGAAAUGUUGCGAGUGCGUUGCGAGGGCGUGCUACUGCUGCUGUGAGCGCUCUGAGCGGCCCUGCAGGGGCGCUGCAGGGGGUGCUGGUGCGUCAGGGAGGUGUGUUGAGCCGCCCGCUUGAAAGCGUUCAGGGGGCUAUCGCUGGUGUUGCCGGCGGUGUGCAGAAUGUGGUUGGGGGAGUGCAGAGCACACUUGGCAAUGUAGGAGCCGGUGUGCAGAGCACCCUUGGGAAUGUCGCAGGGGGCGUGCAAAGCACCCUGGGCAAUGCUGCUGGUGGUGUUCAGAGCACAGUGGGCAAUGUCGCUGGAGGGGUGCAGCAAACUCUGGGAAACGCCGCUGGUACUGUACAGAGCACUCUGGGUAACGCCCCUGGCACUGCUGCUGCUACUGCGGGUGCGGGUGCUGGUCCUGGCGUCGUUACAACAGUCCCUGUGGCAGCACGCUCGGCAGCAGCAAGUGAGCCUGGGAGGAGGCUGCAGGGCAGCCCAGCAGCUACAGGCAGCACUGGCUCUGCCACUACUCCCACUCCCCUCCCCACCGCCCCCAUUCCCACCACCCCCACUCCUACCACCCCUGCUGCUGCUGGCACCGGCGCCGGUCCACUGGGUGCAGUGCAGCAGGCUGUAUCCGGUGCAGCCUCCACCCUUCAAGGCGUUGCAUCUGGAGCAGCAACUACUCUGCAGGGCAUUACCACUGGCGCAGCCUCCACGCUGCAGGGCUUGACUGGGUCUGCCGCCCAGCAGAUCACUUCUGCCGCCCAGUCUCUCCCUGGAGCCGUCCAGUCUCUCCCAGGAGCCGUCCAGCGCACAGCUGCUGGUACUGCGGGCGGUGUGCAGAGCACUCUUGGGAGCAUUGCUAGCGGUGUGCAGCAGACUCUGGGAAAUGCUGCCGGUGCUGUGCAGAGCACCCUUGGGAAUAUCGCAGGGGGAGUGCAGCAGACGCUGAGAAACCCGGCUGGAUCCAUCCAGGGCGCAGCUGCUGGUGCUGCUCGUGGCGUGCAAACUGCUGCUGCGGGUGUGCAAAACACACUGGGGAACAUCGGUGGCAGCGCGCAGCAGACUCUGGGCAAUGCUGCCGGUGCUGUGCAGAGCACACUUGGGAAUGUCGCAGGGGGAGUGCAGCAGACGCUGAGCAAUCCUCUGGAAUCCAUUCAGGGCGCAGCUGCUGGUGUCGCUGGUGGCGUGCAGAAUGCCGCUCGCACUGUGCAGAGCACUCUGGGCAGUGCGGCUGGGGGCGUGCAGCAGACUGUGGGGAGCGCCGGUAGCAACGUGCAGGGGACUAUGGGGAAUGCUGCUGCCGGUAUGCAGGGGACUCUGGGGAGCGCUGGUAGCACUGUGCAGGGAACCCUGGGUAAUGCUGCUGGUGCUGCUCCUGCUACUGUGGGUGCUGGCGCUGCCGCUGCUACAGUUCCUGUGGCAGCACGCUCAUCAGCAGAGAGCGAGCCUGGAAGGAGGCUGCAGGAAGGACCGGCAGGUACAGGCAGCACCGGCUCCACUGCUAUUCCCACUCCCCUCCCCACCGCCCCCAUUCCGACCACCCCCACUGCUGGCACCAGCGCCGGUCCACUGGGUGCUGUGCAGCAGGCACUCUCUGGUGCAGGCUCCACCCUUCAAGGCGUAGCCUCUGGAGCAACAUUAACUCUGCAGGGCGUUGCUUCUGGUGCUGCCUCUACUCUUCAGGGCAUCACUGGUUCCCUCCCCGGCGCCAUCCAGCCCCUCCCAGGUGCCAUCCAGGGCGCAGCUGCUGGUGCUGCGGGCGGCGUGCAGAGCACUCUUGGGAGCAUCGCUAACGGGGCGCAGCAGACUCUGGGCCGUGUGGCCAGCAGUGCGCAGCAGAGUCUGGGAAAUGCCGCCGGUGCUGUGCAGAGCACCCUUGGGAAUGUCGCUGGGGGCGUGCAGCAGACGUUGAGCAAUCCGGCUGGAUCCAUCCAGGGCGCCGCUGCUGGUGCUGCUCGCGGGGUGCAAAACGCCGCUGCCAACGUGCAGAGCACACUCGGAAACGUUGCGUACGGCAUGCAGCAAACUGUGGGCAACAUCGCCGGGGGGGUGCAGCAAACUCUGGGCAAUGCGGCGGGGGGCGUGGCCAACGUGGCGAAUGCUGCUGGAGGGACUCUCUCAGGUGCUGCCACCGGCGCACAAACAGCUCUCACGGGACAAGUAUCCUCAGCCCAGAACGCCCUGUCAGGCCCGGUUUCCACAGUACAAAACGCUCUCUCUGGACCCCUCUCCACGGUUCAGAGUGCAGCGGCGGGUGCAGUGAGAGGCGUGCAGGGAGCCCUAUCCGUCCCUGCUAGCGCCAUCCAAGGCGCGGUUAGUGGCGUGCAGAGCACGGUGCAGGAAGCAGUGCAGGGGGCUCAGGGCGCCGUGCAGGGAGCAGCACUGGGGGCUCAGGGCACCGUGCAAAACGCUGCCUCGCUGCCUACAGCUGCCACUCAGCUUCCUGCUGCUGUUGGCACUGCUGCUUUGGGUGCGGGUGCUGCUGCUGGUAAUGCUGCUGGUGCUACCACUGUCCCCAUGGCAGCACGCUCAUCAGCAGACAGCGAGCCGAGCGAGCCGGGAAGGAGGCUGCAGGAUGGCGCGGCAGCAGCAGGCAGCGCAGCUGGUAGUGCUGGCCCCACUUCCCCAGCUAUCCCCACUCCCCUCCCCACCCCCACCUCCACCACCUCAACUCCCACCACCACAACUCCCACCACCCCCACACCCACCACUCCCACCUCCCCUACUCCCACCACUCCCAACCCCACCACACCCACCACCACCGCUGCAGCUGCCACCAGUCCACUGGGCGCUGUGCAGCAGGCGCUCUCUGGAGCAGCCUCGACCCUUCAGGGCGUCGCCAGCUCUGCCGCCCAGCAGAUCACGUCUGCCGCCCAGCAGAUCACGUCUGCCGCCCAGUCGCUCACAGGCACCGCCCAAGGGGCCGCUGCUGGUGCUGCUGGCGGGGUGCAGAGCACCCUUGGGAGUGUGGCUGGAGGGGUGCAGCAGACGCUGAGCAAUCCUCUGGAAUCCAUUCAGGGCGCAGCUGCUGGUGUCGCUGGUGGCGUGCAGAAUGCCGCUCGCACUGUGCAGAGCACUCUGGGCAGUGCGGCUGGGGGCGUGCAGCAGACUGUGGGGAGUAUCGCCGGGGGGGUGCAGCAAACUCUGGGUGAUGUUGCCACCGGCGCACAAGCAGCACUCUCCGGACCUCUUUCCACUGCCCAAGGCGCAGCAGCGCAGGGGGCAUUGAGGGGCGUGCAGGGAGCGCUGUCAGUCCCUGCUGGAGCUACCGAAAGCGGUGCUAGCGGCGCAGAAGCAGCACUGUCUGGCCCCCUGUCUGCUGUGCACAACACACUGUCAGGGCCGCUUUCCACUCUCCAGGGCGCAGCAGCAGGGGCAUUGAGGGGCGUUCAGGGGGCACUAUCCGUCCCUGCUGAAGCCAUCCAAGGCGCUGCUAGUGGCGUGCAGAGUGCUGUUCAGGGCGCCGUGCAAGGCGCAGGGCAAGGAGCAACACAAGUCCCCGUGGCAGCACGCUCGGCAGCAGAGAGCGAGCCUGGGAGGAGGCUGCAGGACCGCCCGGCAGGUACAGGCAGCACAGCUAGCGCUGGUUCAACCACCACCACACCCCGCAACGGCCCCACCACCACCCCCACCACUACCAUCACCACCACCACCACCACCGGUCCACUGCGUGGCGUGCAGCAGGCGCUCUCUGGGGCUGCCUCCACCCUUCAAAGCCUUACCUCUGGCCCCGCCUCUGCUCUCCAGGCCGCUGCCUCUGGCGCUACCACCUCCCUCCAAGGCCUUACCUCUGGCCCUGCCUCUGCUCUACAGGGCGCUGUCACCAGUGCCACCACCACCCUGCAAGGCGCAGCCUCUGGUGCCACCUCCACUCUCUCCCGAGCCACCACCGGCGCUCAGUCCCUCGCUGCCUCUGCCGCCCAGUCCAUCCCUGGCGCCGUCCAGUCCGCCGCCCAGUCCAUCCCCGGUGCAAUCCAAUCCGCAGCAGGGUCGGCACAAGCAGCGGCAGGGGCGGCAGUAGGGGCAGCAACAGGGACUCUGAACCGCGUAGGCGAUGCCCUCACACUCCCACUGCGCCAGGCUAGCGCAGGGGCAGCAGUGGGGGAGAGGGUUCAGAGCCUUGGGGCAGCAGCAGCAGGGGGAGUGCAAAGCCUAGGAGGGAAUCUGACUGGGGCAGCAGCAGUGGCGGCAGAGGCGCUAGGCAGGACGGCUAGUGGUCUGGGGGCCGGGCUAGGGAGCACCGCAGCGGGAAUUCAAGGGGGUAUUGGGCAGGCGCUCGGGGGAAUUACCCGGGCGGUUCAGGGCGGGCCCGGAAAUCUCGGGCAGGCGGUUGGGCAACUUACCCAGGGAAUUCAGGGCGGGCCGGCAGUGCUGGGGGGUGUGCUGACCCGGGCGGCAGACGCGGCUACUGCGGCGGUGGGAGGGGCGGCAGGGGCGGCGGGGAAUGCUGUGACUGUAGCGGUGGAUGCUGCUAGUGGCACGAUUCGGUACAGCAUCGAGGGGAUUGGGAACGCAACUGAGCUGGUGUCUGCAGGGAUCUACCAAGCUGCUGGGACGGCAGGAGGAGCUGCCAGGUCAGCAGGAACCCAAGUGGUGAGCCUGUUCAACCGGGUCAACCCAGUCAACGCCCUGUCAGCAGCGGGCGGCACACUCACAGGCACAGUAGCCGCCACUCCCAGCGCCAUUGCCAGCCUGCUGCAGAACCCCGCAGGCUUCGUCCUGCAGGCCACAACCAGGGGAGGUGCACCUGCUGGUGGCAGCACUAACAGUUCUGCUGCUUCUGCGGCCACAGAGACUCGAGUGGCGCCGCUGAGUGUAAGGACGACUGACCCUUAA